AUGGAGAGCUUUGUCCUGCCCACCGCUUCCAUCAGGGCCAUGCCCCACGGCACCAAAACAAGAAGUCCGGAGGCCCCGUGCUCCUGGGGCCCUGCCAGCCUGCCCGGUGAGCCUGGCAGCGAGCUCCCUGCCCGCACCAUCUACCGGCCCUGGUUCUCACCCUACAGCUACUUCACGUGCACCAAAGGAGCCACCCAGCAGCACCUGGGCAGCCUCUCCUCCAGCCAGGCCACCAGCACCCAGGAGCAUGAGGAGCCUGAUGACCUCUCGGAGAUUGUCUGCUCCUCCUCUGGCUCUUCAGAUGAGCCCCAACCCCUUGAGAGGGACAGGCUGGCCAGCAGCAGAACCAGCAUCACAGUCAGGGACAUCCUCUCUGCUUCCCAGUGGCAGCCAGUGCCCCAGCGUGGCUACCAGUGCAUGUCAUGCUGCCGCAUCUUCCCCACGCUGAGGUCGGUCAAGACUCACAUCCAGCACAGCUCCCAGGAGGGCUACAGCUGCAAGGUGUACUACCGCAGGCUCAAGGCUCUGUGGGAGAAGGAGUGCAAGGCACAGGAGGCUGCAGCCCCCAGGGUGCCCGUGUAGCCCCCGCCAGCCAGGCAGCUGCCGCGGGAGGGCACUGCUCCAUCACUCCUGACAGCAGCAGAAUAAAUUGGUUUAGGAGCAGCCAGCCCUGUCUGCCUGCUGCUCUUGCCUACACAACACUUCCGCCAUCCUUUAAGAGAAUCUCUUCUCGACUUUUCCUUACGCAGCAGCCAAAAAUCUCCCGAGCCCCUGAAAGCGCUGCUUAGCAUCUCUGCAUCUCCGUGGGGAGCUCUGCACAUGCCAGGAACCUCUCGGCACCCUGGAGCUGUUGGGUCAGGCCUGGGAAGAGGCUACGCUGUGAAGUGGCUGAAGGGGAAGGCUGAAACCCUUCUGCUCCCAGAAAUGUUUGAGGUACCUCGC